CUGAACGGGCGCUCGCGCUUAGGGAGGGAGAGAAAGAGAGAAAGCGCGAGAGCGAACAGAGAGGAAGGCUGCAGGAAACCAGUGCAGCGAAAACCACUUUAUGAGCGACCAGCUCAAAUGCUGUCUGGAAGUCCUUGUUAAACCAACAAAGAAAAGAAGAAGCUGCACAAUAUCUCGGCGAGUUGAUGGCAGUAGUCUCCGAGCGGUUCGUCAGCAGACUGGGAGAAGGAGGAAUCCCGAAAGCCUCUCCCACUCACCGCCUACUGGAAAACGAGUAGUAGAAGACAAUCCCCGCUGUGGACACAUUUGGGAUAUUUCCCUCUGUUAUUGCCGAAAUUUUGGUUCUUGGACUCAUUCGCACCUGACUUAACCGUUCAACUAAACCCUUUUUCCACGUAGGGAGUUCGCGUGUUUACGUACGGUUCCCAUCGGAUCGUAAACAAAAACAGGAUAACGGUAGCCUCUGGGUUUGCAUCUCGCUUUUUGUGCAUCCUAAUUGAUUGUUCAGCUCAAAUGAGAGAAUCAGGUUGAUCCAUUGUGUUCGCAAAUCCGAAUUUCAUCUCGUCUAGUGGUUGGGGGAUUAAAUAAUCUCAGCAUCCAAUCUACAUGCAUGUAUGCAUACUGAUGACGUGAUGACAUCUAAGGGCGUAACGACUCCCUGAAUUAAAAUCGGCACCUGAAACCGUUCAUUCUCGCAAAGGGAAGCCAGUUGAGCGUCGUCAUGGUGGUUUUUAACGGAGUAUUGAAGAUCAAGGUUUGUGAGGCUCUAGACCUGAAGCCCACCCCAUGGUCACUCCGACACGCCGUCGGACCAAAGACCCAAACCUUCCUACUGGACACCUAUAUCGCCCUCAACGUGGAUGAUUCCCGCGUGGGUCAAACAUCGACCAAGCAGAAGACCAAUAGUCCAGCUUGGAAUGACGAGUUCGUGACUGAGGUUUACGAUGGGAAGAAAAUUGAACUGUCGGUCUUUCAUGAUGCGCCAAUUGGCUAUGAUGACUUUGUGGCCAACUGCACUAUUCAGUUUGAAGAACUGCUGCAGAAUGGAAGUAGGCACUUUGAAGAUUGGAUCGACCUGGAGCCGGAGGGCAAAGUGUAUGUUGUCAUUAACCUUUCGGGAUCCUCAAGUGAAGUAGCUGCAUCAUCCAAUGAAAAUGAGGAGAGAGUGUUCCGUGAGCGGAUGCGACCGCGGAAACGGCAGGGGGCGGUCCGGAGGCGGGUCCAUCAGGUUAACGGACACAAGUUCAUGGCCACUUACCUAAGACAGCCCACCUACUGCUCCCACUGCCGAGAUUUUAUCUGGGGUGUGUUGGGGAAACAGGGCUAUCAGUGUCAGGUGUGCACCUGUGUGGUCCAUAAAAGAUGCCAUGAACUCAUUAUCACAAAAUGUGCUGGCUUGAAGAAACAGGAAGACACUCCUGAAGAGGUUGGCUCCCAGCGCUUCAGUGUAAACAUUCCACACAUGUUCAGCAUUCACAAUUACAAAGUCCCCACUUUCUGCGACCACUGUGGCUCCUUACUUUGGGGACUGAUGCGGCAGGGACUGCAGUGCAAAGCCUGCAAAAUGAAUGUCCAUCGGCGUUGUGAAAGUAAUGUAGCUCCUAGUUGUGGUGUCGAUGCCAGAAAAAUUGCUAAAGUGCUCUCUGAUCUCGGUGUGACACCAGACAAGAUCUCCAACAGUACCCAACGCAGGAAAAAGUUGACCCCAGGGCAGGACCCUCAGCAACCCACAUCGGAAGCCCCCUCAUCAGAGGAGUCUGACCGCUGCAAAUCCGCUCCAACUUCACCCUGCAGCCAGGCAGAGCUUGCAGAACUGGAGAGCAUCCGUAAGGCCUUAUCAUUCGGCCAGGAUCACAAGUCUUCCUCCUCUUCCUCGUGCAGCGGCGUUCAGAGCACAGCACCCGAGGGCCAGGAAAAUGGAGAUGUGAAGUCUGUCCAGACGCAGAGGAUGAGUCUGAUGGACUUCUCCUUUAUCAAAGUGCUGGGGAAAGGCAGCUUUGGCAAGGUUAUGCUGGCAGAGCUGAAGGGCUCAGAUGAAGUUUACGCUGUGAAAGUGUUGAAGAAAGAUGUCAUCCUGCAAGAUGAUGAUGUGGACUGCACUUUGACAGAGAAGCGCAUUCUGGCCCUGGCUAGAAAACAUCCGUAUCUAACCCAGCUAUUCUGCUGCUUCCAGACCAAGGAUCGGUUGUUCUUUGUUAUGGAGUAUGUGAACGGAGGAGACUUGAUGUUUCAGAUCCAGCGCUCACGAAAGUUCGACGAAGCUCGUUCCCGUUUCUACGCAGCUGAGGUCACAUCAGCGCUUAUGUUCCUGCAUCAACAUGGCGUCAUCUACAGAGACCUGAAGCUGGACAACAUUCUGUUGGAUGCUGAAGGGCACUGUAAACUGGCCGACUUUGGGAUGUGUAAGGAGGGCAUUCUGAAUGGCAUCACAACCACCACCUUCUGCGGGACCCCUGACUACAUCGCCCCUGAGAUUCUGCAAGAGUUGGAGUACGGCCCAUCUGUGGAUUGGUGGGCUUUGGGCGUGCUCAUGUAUGAGAUGAUGGCUGGUCAACCUCCAUUUGAAGCUGACAAUGAGGAUGACCUGUUUGAGUCCAUUCUCCACGACGACGUGCUUUAUCCCGUGUGGCUCAGCAAAGAAGCAGUCAGCAUUCUGAAAGCUUUCAUGACAAAGAGCCCCAAUAAGCGUUUGGGAUGUGUGGUGACCCAGGGGUUGGAGGAAGCCAUCAAAGUCCACCCCUUCUUCAGAGAGAUUGACUGGGUGUUGCUGGAGCAGAGGAAAAUCAAACCGCCCUUUAAACCUCGCAUCAAGACCAAGCGUGAUGUGAAUAACUUCGACCAGGACUUCACUCGCGAGGACCCAGUGCUCACACCUGUGGACGAUGCCAUCAUAAAACAAAUCAACCAGGAUGAAUUCAAGGGCUUCUCAUACUUUGGAGAGGAGGCUUCAUCUUAAAGCCAGUUCAAAUCAGUUCAAAUCAAACACACAUGAAACAUACCCACAUCAGCAUGCAAUACAUAAUUAAUGCACACUCCACAGAUGUGCUGAAGACACCACAGGGCUCCAACCGGAGCAGAAGAGCCAGUCCCUGUGUCUGGAAUUCAGUUCUCCUUUACUGCUGUUUUUGUUCCUUUUUUCUUCUCUGUUUCUCCAAAAGAAAAACAUUUGUACUGCAUAUUCACAUGACAGUGGAUCUCAUCCCAGGCCUCUACAGUAAUGUUACUGUAAUGUUUCAAAAAGCUACUAGUUUGAAAACCAAUCAGAAAAGAAUGUCCUCCAGAGCCCCAGAAGGAAGGGUCAGAACGUACUACCUUAAACCAAAUUGAUGAUACCAAUGAUUGUACUACCAUGUGGACAACAGUCAGGUCUCUGUACUGUCUGUUGGAAAGUUUCAGAGGUUGUGCCCUUGAGGAAGAAUAUACCCUGCAUAUGUGACAAUGAAUGACACAUGUUGUGCUGUGCAAUCAAAUGCCUUUGUAUAUUCAGGUGACAUUUUGGGAACAACUUUAUAAAACAUACAAAGACAUGCGUGUGUGAUUAUACAGUAUAUAUAUAUAUAUAUACACACACACACACACACACACACACACACACACACACACACACACACAUACACACACAGUAUAUUCCAUGAAAGUGUUAUGAAGGCCCAUUUGGAAUGAUAACCUGCUGUAUAUGGGUUGUGUUACAAUGUGUUCUGGUGUGUGCAUGACAUGUAUGUGUCUGUGUGCAUGUGUUUGCAUGAAUGAGAGUGGGAGGCUUUGCCCUCCUGAAGCUGUACAAUUUUUCUUGUUUUCAUGUUGUUUCGCAAUGGCUUUUCCUUUUGCGCUUGACUGUGUAAAGGCUGCUGUGUGUGUGUAUGUGAAUGUGGUGCCCUGCUGCUAUACAUAAGAAAGUAUAGUUGUGGGAAAACAGACCAGCACCCAUAGCUCUCUGGUCUUUUUGUACAGAUGACGUGUACAAAGUAUUUUCCCCUAAGCCCAUGAAAACUUCGUAGAGUAGGUAAUUGUUGCAUGGUCUUGCAAACUGUGUUGUUAUUGAGUAGCAUAAGUCUAUGGAAAGAAAAACAUUUUGAUACCUAUGUGCAAUACCCUGAACACAUUUUCCCCAUUCUUUCUUUUUUUUCUUUCUCUAUCUUUUUUUGUUUGUUUGUUUUUUUUGUCAAUUUCUCUGAUGUGGACAGAUUUUCUGGUCUCGAACAGUGAAGAGUGAGUGCUCCAUAGGUUAGAGCUUCAGUAAAGGCUUUCUCUCUCACUUACACUUUCUGUUGCUGGUUACAUCUCUUUAUGCUACUUUUGUGUAUAUAGUGUGCUGAAAUGCAUAAGCUGUGGAAUGUAGUGGAAUAAUGUGUGAGCUCUUAAUUUAUUCAAUAUACAUGUAGCUAUGCUUCCCUUUGUGUCAGCAAGUCAGUCAUUUCCCUGUCUUUUUGUGUUCUUUUAUUUCAGACAAUUAAGCCUUGAUGCACACAUCCACACAUCUUUUGACCAAACUAUUCAUUCUUGAUUUAACAUUUUCUUGUGGACGUCCUGUAGAUAAAUCAUUUAUUUGUAAAAUGUGAAAGACUCUAUAGAAGAAAAGGGUACAUUUCAGGCGUACUAAUUAAAACCUUCUGGAAUGUGAUUACUUUUGCUUUAGCAGUUCCAUGGCAAUUUCAAAAAGUGUAAUUUUAUAAGUGUUAUUUUAGAUUGCUGUGCUUUUCUCUAAAGUUCCUUUUUGAUUUCACUUGUUCAAUGUUUCACUGUUUCAUUGCAUUUUUUUUUUUUCUGUGACUGUGGGUUUAUUUUGGUAGCUAGGUCAAUGUUUCUGAUUGUCAUUGAAGCCUUUUCUCUUGCAGGCACCUUCCUGUCUCUCGCCCUCCGCAGCCUGUCUCGCCGUACCAUGCCAAAUGUCUCGUCAGUGCUUCAGCUUUUUUUUACCCCUUUGUUUCCUUAUGAAUUGUAAAGGAAUGAACUUGAUAUAUAGGAAGCAUCCAUGGUCUGUCUUUUAAAGUCAAACAAAGUAAAUAAACUAAACUAAGAAUUACCUCUUAAACUAUGUGCAAAGAUUUCUCUGGCUGAAUAUUGAAUAUUUGCACAUACAGUAUUAAAAUACAUAAAUGUUUCAUAUGUAUGAUAGUGCUGUAUAAUAUAGGCUACAUCUGGUAUUGAACUUUAGUUUCUGUAUGGUGAAGCUUAAUGUGCACCAAGGUAUUUCAAUUCUGGAGACACUAGCAUUAUCUCAUUGUAAGCAUUCCACUAUGUGCCAAAUGUACUGUCAUCUAAAGGAUGUGAAUGUUUUUGUUUUUUGUUUUUUUUAUCCUAUUAAAGCCCAAGAUA